AUGAGCGGUGGCGCUGACGACGGGGACGUGGUCAUGUUCUCACAGGGUGCCUCGUCAUUGCGCUCUAACGGAGCCGGCGCAAUAUCCGGAUCUCGGUCUUCCACUAAUGGCGCGUCUGGAAACGCAGGCGGUGCCUCCCUCAACGGCUCCUCUAACGGCGCGUCCAGCAACGGGGAUAAGGGACCUGCAGCGCCGUCGUCGUCGUCGUCGUCGAGGCCAGCAAACGCUCUCUCCGAGACGUAUCAGGGCCACAGUCGUGAGGAGAUGACACGCCUCCUGCUGCAGGCCCUCAACGACAUGGGAUACCAGGAUGCCGCCAAGAGCGUGAGCAGGGACAGCGGGUAUGAGCUGGAGAACUCGACUGUUGCUGCCUUCAGGACGGCAGUCUUGGAGGGGUCGUGGGCCAAGGCCGAUAACCUGCUCACCGGUGCCGCCGAAUCCGACGAGGCUCGCAGCACAGGCGGUAAGGGGAAUGGGCUUGUCCUGGCUAAGUGCGCCGACCUGAGACUCAUGCGCUUCUGGCUCAAACAACAAAAGUACCUGGAGAUUCUCGAGGCUAAGAACGCGGCCCACGCUCUGUCUGUCCUCAGAGAAGAGAUCACCCCACUGUACAACGACACGGCCAAGCUGCAUUUCCUUUCCAGUCUGCUCAUGUGCCAGUCACCCGAAGACCUCAAGGCCAGGGCGUCCUGGGACGGUGCUGGUGGGGAAUCACGCAAGAUUCUACUGUCAGACCUAUCUAAGUGUAUAUCGCCUUCGGUCAUGCUGCCGGAAAAUCGCCUUGCCGUCCUGCUACAGUCUGUCAAGCAGAGCCAGAUCGAUACGUGCCUCUACCACACCGCAGUAGCGUCGCCGUCGCUGUACACGGACCACAGAUGUGCCCGAUCACGAUUUCCCUCGGAGAUGGCCAUGGAUCUGCUGGAUCUCGGUGGCGAGGCCUGGCAGGUACGGUACUCGCCCGACGGCCGGAUGCUCGCGGCCUGCGGCGAGAGCGGGGUGGUGAUAUGGGACAGCCAAUACAAUGUUCACCUCAAGCCCCAGGGCCACGAGGGCGGAGUCGGCAACAUCUCCUGGAGCCCCGACAGCAGCAUGCUCGUGACGUGUUCCCAGGACAAUACCGCGAUGCUGUACAGCGUAACCGAUGGCGAAUGCCUCAAGAGGACCAAGCGCUUCUCGGAACCCGUGAGCAGCUGUGUGUGGGCCAGGAACGGACAGUCGUUUACCCUGGGGACAUUGGACGACAAAAACAGCAUAUGCACGUAUACGCGCAGCGCCAACGGGUGGGAGGUGGACGAGUGGACCAAGAGUCACCGGGUGCAGGAUCUCUGCGGCUCGGCCGACGGGCGGUGGCUCGUGGCUGCGGACAACCUCUCGAAGAUACACGUGUACAAUGCCAGGACGCGGGAGCUCGAAUACGAGAUGGAGAUGGCGGCGGGGCUGGCGUCUGUGUGCAUCAGCGAAGACUCGCGGCACCUGCUGGUCAACCGCAAGGAUGGGGAAGCGCAGAUGCUGAACCUGGAGACGCGGGCGCUGGAGCAGAAGUUUCUGGGCCACAAGGGCGGCGACUACCUGAUACGCGCCGGCUUCGGUGGGGCCAACGAGAGCUUCGUGGUCAGCGGCAGCGAGGAUGGACACAUCCUUGUCUGGCACAAGAGGAUCGGAGCAGCGGUCGAGAGGCUGCAGGGUCACAGGCCGAGAUGCAACGCGGUGUCGUGGAAGCCCGACGACCCCACAGUCUUUGCGUCGUGCGGUGACGACGGUCGAGUCAAGAUCUGGACAAACAAGUCCAAUGCCAGGGCCCUCCGGGAAGCGGGACAGCAGUCUGCGCCGGGAUCGCAGAUGAUCUGA